UGUUAACAAUUGAUUAUCUAAUCUUACUGUUUUAAAUCUCUCAUGAGACAAAAUACAUUUAGAGUUAAAAAUGAUGUUUCACACUAUUGUUCUGUGUUUACUUUUCUUAACAACUUUUGGUAAACCAAGUGCCUCUAAUACAUUUGACUUGACAGUUUUGCACAUAAAUGACUUUCAUGCAAGAUUUGAGGAGUCAAACGAUCAAGGAGGUUCUUGCAAAAGUGAUCAUUGUAUUGGAGGAUUUUCUCGAGCGUUUAAUGUAAUAAAUCAAUCUUUGGCUCAACAUCCUGAUUCAAUUUUAUUAAACGCGGGAGAUAAUUUUCAAGGAACACUAUGGUAUAAUCUUUUCAAAUGGAAUGUGACACAAUAUUUCCUCAACACAUUGCCAUUUGACGCCAUUGUGUUGGGUAACCACGAGUUUGAUGAUGGUAUUAAAGGAGUUGUCCCAUUUAUCAAAAAUUUAAAAGCUCCAGUCAUUGUAUCAAACAUAGACGAUAGUCAAGAGCCUGAUAUACAAAACACUUAUCAAAAAAGUGUCGUUGUCGAGAGAAACGGUAAAAAAAUUGGGAUUAUUGGUGUAUUGAUUCACACAUGUAAUGAAAUCUCAAACACCGAAAAAUUAAAAUUUUUUGACGAGUCUGAAUCAGUUAAUACCGAAGCUGAGAGAUUAGUUAAAGAAAAAGGAGUUUUCACAAACAUAGUUUUAUCUCAUUCUGGUUACGACAUUGAACAAGAAAUCGCCAGAAAAGCAACUAAAGCGUCUAAAAUUAGUCUGGUCGUUGGGGGCCAUUCACACACCUUUUUAUAUACAGGAGAACCUGUUCCUGGCCCUGCUACUCCUUCAGGGCCUUACCCUACAAUUAUAAAUCGAAGUGAAGACAACAAACAAGUUCUAGUGGUGCAAGCUUCUUGUUAUUCCAGAUACCUCGGAAAUAUAACUGUAAAUUAUGACGAAAAUGGUAAUUGUAUUGGUUGGAGUGGGCAACCAAUAUUUUUAGAUACGGACACACCUCAAGAUGAAAUAAUUAAUGAAAAAAUGCAACCUUGGAAAGAUGCAGUGAAUGGAAUAGGAGAUACAGUUCUUGGACAAUCUUUGGUAACACUAGAUCAAACAACGUGUAGACAAUCUGAAUGUUUGCUUGGUAAUUUUGUGACCGAUGUUAUGGUUUAUAGUUAUAUAGCAUUGGCUGAAAACGCGUCUUACUGGACUUACGCUUCUUUAGCAGUUUUCAACGUUGGAGGUUUGAGAACUACAAUAGAACGUGGAGAUAUAACUUAUAACGACAUGAUGACAGCCCAACCGUUCGAAAACACGUUCGAUGUUGGCGAAAUUACAGGAAAAUAUAUAAAAGAGAUGUUUGAGUUUAGCAUGACUCCAUACAAUUACGGUCGAGCUUACAUUGACGUAAAUUUGUUACAAGUUUCAGGUUUCCAAAUUGUUGCAAAUUUAUCAAAACCUAUCGGUUCCAGGAUUGAAUCAAUCAAAGUUCGUUGCAACGAAUGCAACAUUCCGAUUUAUGAAGACUUGGAUUUGAGUAAAACUUACAGAUUAAUUGUGCCAGUUUUUUUGAGAAAUGGGGGAGAUGGUUUCACCGUAAUUCGAGAUAAUUUGAAAAAUGUUAAAGUCGGUAGGGUAGACAUCGAUGUUUUUGUUGAGUACUUAGGGGCGAAAUCACCAGUGUUUGAAGAAAUUGAUGGAAGAAUCGAGUUCGUUGGUGACACGAUGAUUAAUUUCAGAAAUUUAUAUAACUGAUUACUUUUUCUUUUUGUUUCAAACAAGAGUGAAAUAAAGGUUAUAUUGACUUUA